UAAUACAAGAGAUUAAUACUCCAACGGAAAAACAGUUAAACACUCUUUUGUCAUUUUCAUCAGACUCGUGCCUCACUAGUGAAUCUCUUAAAGACUCCCUCCAAUCAUUUCACGCUGACCUCAGCUCACACUGCAAUGGAAUCCCAUCGUCCCUCAAUCAGACGACAGACUUAUCAUCAUUUCAAAAACUAGCCAAACUGGUCAGUUUGGUUACUGUUAGGAGCAGCUCCAGUGAAAGCGAGAAUAGUCCCAAUGCCUCUAGUCUUCACAAACUGAGAGAUGUCAUCAUAUCGACUGUCCUCAGAUGGUCCAGGAGCACAAUCUCUGAUAUUAAAAUGGCAGAGAAAACCUACAAACUCUUGUACAGACAGUUCAAUGAGUCUGAGAUGCUCCGGAAAGCUAUCCAGAGGACCUACAUUGUUGAGCAGUACAGUGAGUUCUCUUCUGGCGAGAUUUUGAAAUUCCGAUCUGCACUGGGUAAGAUGAGGAAGAUGCUUGUGGUUGGGUUUGGCGAAGAGGAGGAGCCUGUUUUCCAGGAGCUGUUGCAGGAAUUGAGUACUUGUGAUCUCUUCCAACGUCAUCCUGACUUGUUGAGGUUUGCCGGAGUCCACAGUCUUGUCAUCAAUGUCAUGAAGAGCUACUUCAGCUUCAGUGAGACUCUCUCCAGUGGGUUCCCCUCAUCAUUUGGCACUGAGAGCAGCAGUGGGUUUGUUGGCAUGACUCAGACACUUAAACUAGCUGUCAGUGAUGAAGGGUUUGCUGAUAUAGUUGAAGACUGCUGCAAAUUCCUUUGCUCCUUUGCUCAGACUAGUCAUCAGAAUCAAAUUGCACUCUCUGAGCAUCUUCAGUAUCUCUUGGACGAAUGUCUAAUAUUCUCUGAUCAGGUAGCAAGCAAUAGUACCAAUCCUCUUGAUGUUGCUAUUGCUACCAUAAGCAACAACCUCCAGCUAGUUAUGACACUCUCCAAUGAGGGUAUACUCCACAAGGUAGUACAGUUAAUGCAUAAGAUGAUGAAGUAUGAAGAUGAGGCUUCCAGCACUGCUAAUAACACUAUUUCAAGUCCAAUUCACAAGAUGUCAGUAUUGUAUGAUGCCAUGCCCAUGGAAUGGCUGCCCACUGGUGCUGAAAAGUGUCUCAAGUUCUUACAAGCAGCAGUUUAUGUUAAUG